AUGCUGAGACUGGGCGUCGACGCCACAGGUCGCGUUGUUGCCUGGGGUGUCCUGCCUGAGCAGCCUUUGCUCAAAAUUAUAAAGAGCCAGCCCUCCCCUCGCCCGCCUGUUUCGAAAGACCUGCGCGGAAGUCCCGACUGA